AUGAAAACCGCAGUCCAUUGUGAACCGGUGUCCAAUUCAUCGGAUCAUACGUCCUUUCGACGGGGUCAAACGUCCAAUGUACCCAAUACUCCUCGAUGCCCAAUCGAGCCGGUGACCACUACCACAACUGGGAAGGUUAUUGGUUUGGUACGAUCUAACGUGAACCAAGCACGGGUAUUUCCGAUAGGAAUUGGUUGUGGCGCAAGCACCUAUUUGAUCAAUGGAAUCGCUCGAGCUGGUCGUGGUGUCGCCACAUUUAUUCGUGAGGCGAUACAUCCACGUCCUCAAGGUUCCGGGAAUCCCAAUUUGUGGGUGAUGCAGCCUGACGCAUAUCCGGAAAGGGUCAAGGAUGAAUCUUUGAUCCCCAACAAUCCGCGUGCGCACAUGAACAUGCUGAACAAGCGAGAGGGUCCGGACAGCGAAAAGAAGUUCUCUGGAGAACAAAUCUGCGUGCUGAGAGCAGAUUUCAGUUUUCCAAUCAACAUGGGGCGCGUUGAAAUCACCCAAGACAAGACAAUGCCCAUCACAGGCGUACCUCUUCAAGAGAUGCGUGCAGCAACCAUGCAAAUUCUAAAUGCUGCACUGCAACCACGUGCUUCAAACGUAAAAGUGCAUUGGCAACUGAUGGUGACAAAUUCAACCGACCAACUCGCUCCGUUGGAUGUGAUUGUGGUUCCGCAACAUGUUCCACCCAUUUUCAACCAGUGCUUCGCCACCGUUUUCGGUUUCUUUGAUUACAGGAUUCAGGACUAUGACCCAGCGCAUGGUGGUGAACGGCCUACACUCGGUUUAUUGCCUGUUUAUCAACAACAGCUGGAAGCUUGGGCCCGAGAAAAUCAAGGUUUCAGCUUUCAAUGUGUUGACUACGAGACCGAUUGUCAUUGCAUGUAG